AUGGCUGAAUCGUGUCGACCUCGCCCUCAAUCUUCCUCCGGCCCGAGACGGAAAACUACCCCACCUUCACCGAUAAGACUGACUUCCUCCGCUUCUUCAUCGUGUAUCCCACUAUUGGCGAGCAGGCCUUCUGGCUCAAGCCCUCCGGCGGUGACUUCAGCGGUCGCAUUUGGGUCUACUAGUACAACCCCUUCGCCCGGCGCAUUUUCUAUAGGAUUAGGCAGCACAAUGAGCCAAAGGAAUCGUCGUGGAAGUGAGGUGGUGAGUGAAGACGGGGGCUCUUUAACACCUGGCGAAAGAUUGCAAUCAAACUCCCCUUGGGGAUAUUUCUACGAACAGCCAGAUUCUAGCUCGGGGGCUUUUGAGAAUUCAGUGAAUUCCGCUUCCUCUUCGGCUGCUGAAAUAGCUGGGGCUCGUCUUAGUUCUCGACAUACAGUAUCAGCACCGCAUCCCCAGCUUCCUCAUAUACGCCCAGAAACAUCAAACAUUAUUGAUAUGUUUGGCGUUGCUAUCCCAACAACAUUACUUGAGAGAAAAACAGAAAAUGAGGGGAAUGGCGUAGGUGGUGUACUUCAUGAUCAGCAGCGCUUCAGACAGUCUUUACUUGGGAUCGCAUUCCCUACCACUCCUGAUACUGGCCUCAACAACAUGCCCGUUUUAUGCGGAGGUAAUGGAAGGGAUGGAAGGGGUCUGGAUUCUGCUGAGGGUGGUAUUGGAAUUGCUCAUGAAAUCAUGAUGGGAGGUGCUGCAGCUGCGCUUUUAGCUGCGAACCCACAUUUGGCCCCAGGAAGUUUGGCUCUUCUAACACCGCCGGAUGAUAGUGGAGUCAUAGAGUGGAGAAGAGAAGAAGCCUCCAGUGACGUGAUUGUUCCAGUCGGCAUACAAUCGGUCCGGAAGCCACCACCAAUUCACGAAAGGUUCGAUUCGGAGGUCAUCACAAGUGGUGAUAACUCAAGAAAGCGAGUUGCGGGGAUAAAAAAAACUGUUGAUAACUUAGACACCGCCACGCCUUCCACGAAAAAAAACGAGAAUGAUGGCGAGGAAGCUGGAGAAAAGAGUCGGUCCGUCAAACGAGAUGCAGUUAGCGAGAAAGAUGAUCCUGCUGUUGACAAGCCAGCAAAGGAUGACAAGGAUAGUCCAGGUCUCCCAGGUUUUGCGGAAGAUGGGUGGUUAGGAAAUGCUAUGGCAGCUCUAUUCGACACUCCUCUUUCUGUAAAAAUAGAUUCUUCUACUGUUCGGAUGCUCUCCUAUUCGCUCCCUUGUCCACUACCCAGUACAAGUUCUACGGACCAGAGUACUGUCACAUCCACAUCAACAAAUUCGAACAUGCUACCGGCAUCAGCUGCUUCAGCACCCGCAGUCGCAGCCGCAGCUGGACAGCAAUUAUCGCCAGCAAUCGCUGCGAGAUGCUACUCCAAAGUCAAAGAACACAGUGGAUCUUCCACACCAACUGGAUUAAUUGGAGUAGAUGACGGGGUAACCACCGCUUUGCAUACCCUUACUAAUGGCAUCCAAAGACGCCACUCAAAGGAGGAGUCAAAAAGGGUAUUCAUACAUGUUCAUCACGCAAUAUCACCACAUAUUCCAUUGAACAGGCUCCCGUCGACCCCCAGCAUAGGAAGUGCGUUCGAUCGUCCAUCUGGGGGUGCAGGAGGCUAUUUUUCGCCCAGUGUCUUCAACAGUAUUGUUGUUGCUCCUGGGAGUAAUACUUCCACACCUGGGGCAGGUAUUUUAUCAGUUUCAACGCCGUUACCGAACCCCAUCAUGCCACCAUCAAGUCUACAUCUUACGCUUCUGGAAAGACUAUUUGAGUUAUCGCCAAAGGGAGGAAGCUUAUUGUUUAUCUACCCAACAAAGAAAGGAGCAAAAGACUUUGAUAGACAAUAUUUGGGCCCUGUGUUAGACCCAUUAUUGAGAAAAUUGAUGGUUCUAUACAUGCUCCGAGAAGACUUGUUAUGGGGUAUUAGAAACAUGUCCGCAAUAAAUGGAAUGAGGGAUUUCGAGGGUUUGAAGACGGCACUCAAAAUGAUUUGUAGGAAGGUUUCUUCUUCCCAAAAACAGAAAUCAAGGGACUUUUCAGGUCAACCAAAUACCGUUUUUAAGUUAGUACAUGCUAGCAAGGAGAACAUUCCUUUGAACGACAACAGCUGGAGGGAAUGGUGGACUCAGCAGGAACAACUGAGGAUUAGGGAGGCGGUAAAAAGCCACAUGUCGAACCUUCAACCACCAGGAGAAUCAUCACCUAAUUCGAGCCCUAAGAAGACAUCACGAGGGCCACCUUCGACUCAGUCGGCAAAGGGACCACCCCCAUCACCAACAUCUUCAACUUCGCCCACAUCUUCCGGAAUGCAAUAUUCCUUUGGAUAUGGUGCGCCAGGAGAUUUGGCAAGGGAAGUUCUUGACGGCGUUCGCGCGCCCACCGUUCGGCCUUCUUCCAGGGGAAUGAGUGAGGCUGUAGUGGCAAGCGCAAUGUCAGGUACCUCUGCACUAGGAGUUGGGGGCGUUGUCGGGGAUUUUGAUGUUGUCAGUGGGGGCAUUAUUGGUGAGAGGAGAGUUAAGGAAAGGGGAAUUGAAAUGGGUGUAUUUGUGUUGAGGAGGGAAUAUGUGAAUUGA